GCGGAGGGACGCGGCUCCGUCGCCGUGAUGGUCUCCUGGAUGAUUUCGCGGGCAGUGCUGUUGCAGAGUUCUAGGAGGUGAAAUGAUGCCAUUAAUUUUGACUUAAAACUGCUUUUGAAGAAUCUUCUGGUCGUCUGAUACAAGCAGAAAAUUUUGAUUACCUACAGAUACUUGUAAGAGGCUCUUUAAAUGUGAUAGUGCUGCCAAUGUGAAAACAGUCUUCUCAUAUGGACAGACUGCAGGACUGGUUCCACUUGUAACUGAACCAGAAGAGCUGCUUGUGCUAGUUUGAAGCUAGCUAGAAUGUUUAGGCUGGUGUUUGGGAUGCUGUAUCCUGCAUACUAUUCGUACAAAGCUGUGAAGACAAAAAAUGUGAAAGAAUAUGUUCGCUGGAUGAUGUAUUGGAUUGUGUUUGCUCUUUAUACAGUUACUGAAACAAUAAGUGACCUAACAGUCUCUUGGUUUCCACUCUACUAUGAACUGAAGAUAGCUUUUGUUAUUUGGCUUCUUUCUCCAUAUACUAGAGGGGCAAGUUUAAUCUACAGAAAAUUUCUUCACCCACUUCUUUCUUCUAAAGAAAGGGAGAUUGAUGAGUACAUCGUACAAGCCAAAGAAAGAGGCUAUGAGACCAUGGUGAAUUUUGGGAGGCAAGGGUUGAAUUUGGCAGCAACCGCUGCAGUGACCGCAGCUGUAAAGAGUCAAGGUGCAAUAACUGAGAAACUGAGAAGUUUCAGUAUGCAUGAUUUGACUACUAUACAAGGAGAUGAGCCUGUAGGACAGAGAGCCUAUCAGACAUUACCAGAAGCAAAAAAGAAAACCAGAGGCUCUGCAAGUGAAUCUUCAGGUUACAAAACUCCACUGGAAAAAAAUCCUGGGGAUGAUAAAACAGAUGAAGAGAUGGAAGGGACACAUUCAGAGGAUGAAAUGUUUGCUCAGAGAGGUCUUCGAAGGACUCAGAGCAUGAAAUCCGUGAAAACUAUUAAAGGCCGUAAAGAGAUACGGUAUGGAUCGUUAAAAUACAGAGUUAAGAAGAGACCCACUGUGUACUUCUAAGUGUAUUGCACAAUGCCUGCAAGAGAAACUGCUGUAUUGUAAUGACUUGAAUUCAGUGUGUCAAACGUUAAAGAGCUGUGGGUGAUUCAUAUAAUGAGUAUAUAUGAAUAGGUAUGAUAGGACUUGGGUUUAUGAACCUAAAUUGUGUAACUGCUUACUGUUUAGACUUAAAUCUGGACAAGUUGUAGUGUGAGUUUCAGCACUCCUUAAAUGGAAGUUAACAGGAAACAACCUUUUUUUCAGAGGUACUGAACAGACUGAAAUAAUUACAACUCCAGUUGAAUUAGCAGAAGUUGUAAGGAUUUGGAACUUGUGAAAAUUUGACCUUUAGUGUCCCCAGGUUUACAUGUAAGGAUAGAUAUACUUGAAAUACAUCUCUUGAACUACAAUUCCUGAAAAGGCCUUAGUGUAAUAUGAAGGACAGUGGGUGAUGGUGGGGAAGGGAAAGAAAGGAAAGACAAGGCACAAAUGUUCUAUCCUUAAAAUCAUCUUACAACAUAAUGCCAAGCUUCUCAAACUUAAAAAACACUAAUAGGUGCAAACAGGAGGUACAUUUAGCACUUUAUGCAAAACUGUGUAGUUUUGCACAGUCACUGAUUUACAGCUGCACAUGUCAUUUUAGUGACUUCUGAGGUUAGACUUGUCUUCUGAAUGCCAGCAAUUCUUCUAUUUCUUGUUCUUUUAAAAAAUUAUCUUGAUGGCUGAACUACACUUAGGGUACUGUAGAUAACUGCUAUGCUUCAUAAUAUCAGGUGCCUUUCUAUGGCAGUGUGAUUUUUCUGUGGGGGGUGGUUUUCUUGUGUGGUAGUGGUUUUGUUUUGUUAAUUGUUUUGUUGGUGUCUAUCUUCCUCCUCCACCUAGAGAGAUACCAGUUUUUGGUUAAAAUUGUGGUAACUAACACUUUAUAGCAAUUCAGUGACAGACCUCAGGGAUCUGAUAAGCCUAUCACCUGUGUAUUACAAAUCAUGUUGAUGUGAAGGCAUGUGUGAUAUUCAGGCCCUGGUUUGGUUUUGCUCUAUGUUGCUUUGAGAGAGAAUAUAUAUAUGUAUGUAUGUAUAUUUCCUAUCAUAGCUGGAUUCUAAAAUUGGCUGUUUAGUACUUUCUUAUAUUGCUGAAGGUAUUACUUAAAAAUACGUAUAAAUAGCUUUUCUUGGAGAUCUAGCCAAUUUGGCCAUUUUAACCUAGAGUCCCCUGGCAUAGCUGUUUGCACAGAGGUUGAUUUUGCAAUGUCAUUCAAAGCAGGGACUUGACAAAAGGACCUUUUGAGGUUCCCUUUGAUUCUGUUUUCUGCAGUUCUGAGAACUAGUGUGAUUUUUCAUUUUCUGUGUGACUGUUUCUUCUGUGGAUUCAGGAAGAAAACACUCACUUUCUGUAGAUAGUACUUUAUUACUUGGCUUGGGAAGAGAUAGUGUUACUUUUCUCAUAGAGAAAAUAGCAUGUGUCUCCUAUUAUUCUUGGAUCUCUGACUCCAAUCCUUACACCUUCCCCCCAGAUAUGACAGUGAGAUGAAAGUCUGCAGUUCCUUAUAUUACAGAUGCUUGCUGCUGGUGGGCACUUAAUGGCUUGUUAACGUAUACUGGCAUUUGAAGUAGUCUUCUGUAGACUUCAGGUCAGGAUUUGAGUUGUAUGGGUUUCAAAUGCAGCUGGUCUGUAUUGGUGUUUUGUUAUUCUCUUGCUGCUGUAGACAUUAAUAAGCCAAGCACAAAGCUGUGGUCAAAUACCCUAAUGCUGAAUGUGCAGUGCUUUCAGUGUCUCCAAGCAAGUUGAACUCUGUAGUAAGAAGCUGCAACAGUCCACGUGAUGGAAAGGCUAAAUCUUGCAUUACUUAAAGAUGCAGAUUUGUAGCAGAAGACAGGAAAGCUGUUCUGUCCCAGUAAGUCCACUGCAAAAAUCUCAUCCUCUAACCGGAACUGCUACUUGUGAUCCAGCUUUUAUAAAGGAGCUGUUGUUUGUGAAGAGGCAGUCAUCAGAAAGGUAGCCUCCUUGGGGAUGGUUCAUCACUUGUGCUCCCCCAAUGUUUGUCUUUUCCAUCCAUUUCCCUGAAUGGAGGGAAUGUGUUUUAAAGCACAUAAAAUGAUAGAGCAAACUAAAGCUUUUGUGUCUGCAUUUUGUCCCUAUUUGAAAGCUAGACUAACGUGGGCCUUGGCUGGAAUCUCUAACUUACUCUCCAGUUGGGUGUCCUCCUUCAGCACUUGCUGUAACAUCUUUCUUUAACAUAUCAUCUUUGUUUUGUUGGCAAGCAUGGCAAUAUAACUGUCAUCUUUCUAGAAAUCAGAAUCUGCAGGAAGGAGCAUGAUAAGCCUUUUUUCUCUUUUCUUAACAAGUUCAUGUUGAUCUUGUUCUGGGGGUUGUUCUCUUCACAUUUCCAGGGUGAGAGAUCCUUUGAGUAUUUCAGCCUCUACCAUGCUUCUGGUCAGUAAGUUGCUCUACAUGCCCUUAUCUACUGGAGGUGACUUUUGGCAGGUUUAAAUUGCUAAUUAAGUCUUGAGAAAGGCUAAAUAAACUCUGCUUUUUCUGAACUAUGCAUGGAACUAGGAAAGCUGGCAGCAUUAUUCAUAUUCAUUACUGCUUGCAUAUAAAUGUACUUGUAUUCUCUCAUACUGCCCUAAGUGAUAAAACUUCCAGUGUUUUCCUAACACCUUUUUUUCAGUCCAGUGUCCUGCUGUAAAAAUUCUUUUACUGACAGAUUUAUUUCACUCUUCAAACUCAUCCUGAAACUGGUUCACUGUGUGGUAUUUUUUUUUCCCCUUGCUGUUCAUUGUCAGCUGCUGCUUGGUAGGGCACAAUGGCAUGAUUAACUCAUCCUAGUGAUCGGGAUUUCUCUUUGCUUGUUGAAUUCAGUUUAGUUUGGAUUUGAAAUAUAACACAAUCUUGUAAACUCUGUGUACAGGAAGUUUUGAAAUGUUUUUUUGCCUUAGCAAUUGCAAAAGUGAUCUGUCUAGGUCUUACCAGUAAACUUCUUGGGAAAAUGUUCAACAAUUCAAAAUUGAACUUGCUGUUCUUUUUGGGUUUGAUAGGUAAAAUAUAUUUCAUAUCAAAUUGCACCAUCUGACAAAGCUUUUUCCUAAGAACUGACUGCCACCACCAGGACUGCUAAUAUAUCUAAAGAAAAGCUUUGCAGGCUGGUUAAAAGUACUUUAAAAGAGAAUAUGUACUUCUUGUUAAAUCAUAGAAAGGUUUCAAGCCUUUCCAAAAGACACCUGAAUGGAAUCUGAUUCCUUAGCAAGAGCCUACUGUGCAUGAUUAAGUACACAGUUUGACAUCACACUGGCUUCAGUGACAAAAAAGCAUAGGCCAGACUCUGAUCACAAGGUAAUUGCUAAUAGUAGCUACUUCAUGCUAAUUGCUUUGCUAUGUGACAGUAAGUGAAUAUUAUCCCAGAUACAUUUUGCAAACUAUAAUGAAUUUUUAAAUGAUCAGCAGGUAAUUUGGUGGAACAGAAUGGUGGAGUAAAUGCUAGAUGCAUUUAACGUGCUGUUCAUGACAAAAGAUGCAUUUUACUUUUGGUGUUGCUUUUAUUAAUGGGAAGUUGGUAUUUUAAAGUAUUUUUCUACAAAAAUGUGUAUAUGCAAAGGCAGUACUUCAGCAUUUUUCAAGAACUCAUAUUUUUAAAUGCUACAGACCAGAGACUGUCUACACUGAGACUGUAGUAGCUUUAAGAAGAUGCAAUGUCAGCUUUAACUUUUAUAUUUUAAUAACAACUUGCUGUCAAUCUGUUUACAUAUUUGUAGAUGGGAAAGGUUCAUUGAGCUUUGACUUAUCUUGAUACUAUCUCUAAUAAAUGCUGCUUUGAGCAGGA